ACUCCCGAUUCUUUUCUGCCCCCCUCCCCAUCCUGUGUAUCUCUUCAUCGCUCUCCUCGGAGAAGACGAGGGUUCGAUAGCGAUGGCCACCCUCGGACGCGCAAGUGAAUCGCAGAGCAACGAGAACAAUAUGGAUAUCGAAGAGCUUGGUCGCUUCGCCGUCCGAGAACACAACAAGAAGGAGAAUGCGCUUCUCGAGUUUGGUCGUGUGGUGAAGGCGAAAGAGCAGGUGGUUGCAGGCACCCUGCAUCAUUUGACUCUGGAGGUGAUGGAAGCAGGGAAAAAGAAGAUAUGCGAGGCGAAGGUGUGGGUCAAGCCAUGGCUCAACUUCAAGGAGCUGCAGGAGUUCAAGCAUGCCGGCGAUUCCCCCGCCGACCUUGGUGUGGAGCAAGGUGAGCAUCAACCUGGAUGGCAUACAGUGGCCGAACAUGAUCCCGUGGCCCGAGCAGCAGCAGACCAUGCUGUGAAGACCAUCCAGCAGAGGUCCAACUCUCUGGCCCCAUAUGAAUUGCUCGAGAUCCUUCUUGCAAGGGCAGAGGUAAUUGAAGAUUCUGCUAAGUAUGACUUGCUUCUUAAACUAAAAAGAGGAAGCAAGGAGGAAAAAUUCAAGGUGGAAGUACACAGGAACCUGGAAUGUACCUUUCAUUUGAAUAGGAUGCAGCUGCAUUCUGACUCUCGUAGUUAA